AUGAAGGCCUCACUUCUGGUCAUUGCUGGACUUGCUCUGUCGGUCUUUGGACGACGUCCUAUUGUAUGCGGAGAGGAUGCUGGAGUUUGCCAAGCUGUCUACCGUGGACUGCGAAAUGACAAACUCAAAAUCGAGAAAUACGUUGGCAUCCCUUACGCGCAGCCUCCAGUUGGCAAACUCCGUUUACAACCUCCGAAGCCACUCGCUCACAUGGCCGCGCCCCCGACUGUCGAUGCGUCCAAACCUACCAGCAAACAAUGCUAUAGCCUUGCAAACCUCAACUCGGCUACUGCCUCCGAGGACUGUCUAACUCUUGACCUUGUUAUGCCGGUUGGUACUUUUGAUCACUUGUUGCCGGUCUAUGUCUUUCUUCAUGGCGGUGAUUUCAACGGAGGAGACAAGUCAGACGUCGAUGGCAGUGAGCUAGUCAGCUACGCAGCCAGCAUCAACCAACCCUUCAUUUUCAUAUCAGUCAACUACCGGCUCUCUUUUCUUGGAUUUCCUGGCGGAUCAGAGGCUGGAAAAUCCAACGCUUACAAUCUUGGUCUGAAAGAUCAAAGAUUAGCUCUUCAAUGGGUGAAGGAUAACAUCAAAGGUUUCGGUGGUAACAAAGAUCAUGUUGUGCUUGGUGGUCAAGCAAGUGGUGCCGAUACCGCAACAUACCAAAUGCUGGCUAACGGCGGCAACAAUGAGUAUCUCUUUCGUGGAAUGUUGCUCGAAAGCGGAGCUGCCACAGGCGCGACACCGAUUCCUCUACCAACAUACCCACACUGGCAAAUGAACUAUGACAGUUUGGCUUCCAAGACCAAUUGUUCAAGCGCUUCUUCUUUCUCCUGCCUUCAAAAUGUCCCUAUCGAAAAACUCACCAGUGCUAUGUACGCUGUGUUUACAGAAGCAUAUUCGAUUCCUCAUCACGUUUACGCUGUUGUCUCGGAUGGCGUCUUCAUGCAAGACUACCCCUCAGUAGCAAUGGCUCAGAGCAAGUUCGCAAGUCUACCAACACUCACUGGACAAACUACCGACGAACUCACUGAUCGCAUUCCCACAUUUGCCAAUUUCACAACUGAUGAAGGCAUUCUUGGUUUCGCUCAAGUAUUUUUGAAUUACGUUGAUCCGGCAGUUCUCGCAGAGGAAGUAGGAAUGUACAAGUCUUCAGACUAUCAAGACAUUGGGCCUCCUGGAUCUGGAACUCAGUGGAGUCGUGUGGUUGAUAUUGACAAUGAUUUGCAAGCCUUUUGUCCAGUUUACCAGGCUGCAUUACAGAUUUCUGAAAAAGCUGCUGUUUGGAAAUAUCGCUUCAAUGCCCGUCAUUCUACCUCAACCACUCCAGCGUAUCUCAAGAUCAAUCAAGGAUCAGAUCUUCCAUUCCUUUUUGGACCCACCCCUCUCAACCCAACAACGCAGGAAGACAUCCUCGCCGAAUCCUACAAACGCUACAUCAUAUCCUUCAUCAACCACCUCGACCCAAACAAAGCUGUCAACUCCACCAUGGCUCCACUCAGUCAAUGGGACAACUUCCGCAACUCCUCUCAAAACCAGCUUUUGUUUGACCUUGCCCAAAUCAACAUGGAGUACGAUCCCGUUAACCGAGAACGUUGCCUCUGGGUUGAAGAACAUCACAAGGACUUUUUGAGAUAG